AGAGCCCUCUUAAGCCUAGCCUGACUCAGUCAAGCUCGAGACACCGUCGUGAAAGGUUCGUUCGAAUCUCUCGCAAGCGGUCACACGCACCCACCAAUCCCACAUUACCACCGCCAACACCGGCACCACCCUCGCUCGCAUUAUUUCGCAGUGUCUCGUGCAGUGUAUAUUAUCUCGCGCCGAAAUCGAUUUUUUUUGUUAAUACCUCUUCGGACAUUACAAGUCUCCAGCCAAGGAACCACCGACGGAGCCCAGGAAAAGGCAAAUCCAGAUUGUCUAAGCCCAUUUUAUAAAUUCCAGAUUCUCAAGAAUGGCUGAAGUGGGGACAAAGAAAUCCAUGAAUGUCGUAAGUAAAAAGAAUAACGAAGUGUGCAGUGUUCAUUCUAACAACAGUUUGAUUGAUUUGGAUAAUAUAAGCACGAGUAACAACCAACUAAUUUCACUCUGCGAUGACGAAGAAGACGAUGACGAGCUUAUCUUAAGCAACAACACAAAAAACGAACUAACGGCUGACGACAAAAGUCUCCAAGAGCUAAUAGAAAAUGAAUUGGCUCUCCGAAUUUGCUCUGGACUAGAUGACGAAGAAGAAGUUGAAGAAGAGGAAGAGGACUCAAUCAAUGUUCAACCAGAAAUUAAAAAAAUCGUCAUUGAACCUAGACAAGAUCCCCUUGAUGUGAAUGCAGAAUUCAUAGUGGCAGAGAUAGAUCACUACUCCCUAAUCGAGGAACCCUACGGAUAUCAAAAUGGACACAUCAUAGAAUCGAGUCCAAAAAAUCAAUUGAAUUCGAGUGUUUCACAUGAAAUGCUUGAAGAAAACUCUGAGCAAGGAACAGCUGAUUUCCCAAAUGAGGAAGUUUUACUUGAAUCAGUAUCAGAUGUGAGUCUUGAUCGAUCCUCAAAAGAAGUUACUGAAAAGGAAGUCUUCCCGGCAGAUGAAGUCAAAGAAGUACAUUUAAAUAAUUCUGAUGAUGUACUCUCGGAUGUUGUCGAUCAUUUGGAAAAUUCCAAAACAACCUUCGAUCAGUAUCUCAAUGAGCAAAAUAUACAGAAAAUAUUGAGCUUGGAAGAUCUUGAAAAUGUCCAGGAAGACAGUUUUUCAGACCUUCCGGAAGCUGACAGAAAAUUAGCUGAAUUUGGUGAUCCCUGGUCUGACUUAACAUCAGAGAAUUUGCUUCAGAGUCAUCACAUCAGCAAAUUUUCGGAUGAUUUUAACCACGUUCCGAAUCAAAGCCAGUCGAUCAAUGAUAGUCUCUCAAGCAAACAGGAAAUUAAUAGUUCAUCCCAGAGUUUUGAUGCUAAGGAUAGUAACAUCAGUUCAGAGAUUUUGGAUUCUAGUAGUGAGUUGGAUUCCAGCAGAAGUGAUUUUGAUACAAGUAGAAAUUUUGAUUCCAGUAGGAAUAAUUUGGAUUCCAGUAGAGAUCUUGAUUUGAAGGAACCCAUAUCAUGUAAAGAGGCAUUAGGAGUGGAUGAGAAAGACUGUUCUCCGAACAGAGACACUUGUGAAGGAUUUUCAGGAAGAAAAAUUGAGGUAAUUCGAGUUGGAAAAAUUAUGGAUAAUGAUGAGUGCCUUUCUGAUUCUACGAAGACUGAUCUCGAGACUUCGAUUAAUACUUCUGGGGAUGUAGAGAAUGAUAAUCCGAAGGUUUGUAAUUCCAAAAAGGUGGUGAAUGGUAUGUCCCAAUUUGGGGCGAUUAGCGUUAAUUGUACAAAGUUGAAACCUGCUCAAGAUGAUUUUGAUUCGUGGACCACUGUUGGAGAUGCGACUAUUGAAGAAAAUGAAGUAGAGAGUAGGAUUGAAGAGAACAAUGAAGUUAAAAUGGAUGGAAAUGGUUUGGUUCAAAAUUGUAGAGAGAAGGAAUAUACAAAUCCGGAACAGAGGGAAGAUGUUAAGGAGUAUAAUGUAGCUCCUCUUGCUACGGUCGAUGUUGAAAGCAGCGAGGAUUCUAGUUACGAGAUUGAUAGUGAAAAUCGUGAAGAGGUGUUAACUACUAGCACGGUAGUUACUUCAUCUUCAACUACAACAAAAACAAAGACGAAGAAGAAGAAGAUCGAGGGUACAGGUAGCGAUGCCUCGCCGAAUCACACCCCUCGAACCAAGAAAACUAAGAAAAGCAAGAAGAGUGACCUUGAAAAGGAAAAUAUUUCCGUGAAUGGUAACUUAGCAGACCCAAGCAUGCAUACGAGUUCCCGCCAAGUGUCCUCGGAGACAAAUGAAAUCUCCGACGAAGACGAUCUUUCCAACGUCAACGUUAAAUCCCUGACACAAAAUUAUGUGUCCGAGGCAAAUCGUAUCGAACUGGAAAAAUCCAGCAAGGAAGUAAUCGCUACUGGCGUCUCCAUUAAACAAUUGUGUCGCAGCUUCGGCGACAUCUCAAACAUGAGCGAUGGAGAACAAGUGCCACUCGGCAAUUCUGAACACGCGAAGACUCAAGAGAAAGCAAAAUCUAUGGGUGACUUGCGUCUGUGGGAGCAGGAGCGUUCGCAGCUCGUCAAUCGUAAACCCAUCUUCACUGGGGUUUCUGUCAAAGCUCUCAAAACGAGUUUCAACAAAUUCGACGCCCUCAGCAAGAAGUCCGUUCUUCACGUUCGGUCAGUGGAUGCGGGAAAAGUUCAACAACAGCUGAAUGCCGUGGGUCAGAACGGGGAUGCGAAUUCGAAUUGCCGCAGUUGCGGCAAGGUUGUAUUUCAAAUGGAACAGACCAAGGCCGAAGGCUUAGUUUGGCACAAAAACUGCUUCCGAUGUGUUCAAUGCAGCAAACAGCUCAGCGUCGACAAUUAUGAGAGCCACGAGAGCACACUUUACUGCAAAGCUCAUUUUAAAGAACUUUUCUUACCCAAACCGGUCGAAGAGUCGGAUCAGCCUGUGCGACCUCGAAAGCCAGAAAUGAUCAUUCGCGAGAACCAGCCGAAAGAGCUGCCACCCGAUGUGGUCAGAGCUUCUGAUAAACCAGACCUUGGAUUGGAGGAGCUUUCCACAUUGAACGUGAAAUCGCGCUUUCAGGUGUUUGAAAAAGCAUCCACUGAGACCACAAACGACAUCGAAAGGUCAUCCUCCCAAGUGGCUGUUAAAAGAUCGCCCAGCAUUCUCAGCAAAUUGGCCAAGUUCCAGGCGAAAGGUAUGGACAUUGGAGUAGCUGACGAGUCCCUUAAUGGAAUACCCUAUGAGGAAAGCAGCGAGAGCGAGGAGGAAAUUGAAGAAGAGGAGACAGAAGAACUGGAAACAGAAAUCAUCAGGGCAAAACGAGGAGCUCGAGAGCGUCCCAUUAGUUUCACAAAAAUGGACGACAUGAAGAAUCGAUGGGAAACUACGAGUCAGCAAGGCAGGCGAGAAUCACAGCGAGAAGCAAGAAAAGAAGAGAUCGCGGGAAUUCGAUCACGACUUUUUAUGGGCAAGCAAGGAAAAAUGAAAGAGUUGUAUCAGCAAGCAGUAGCAGACAGUGAACGCGUAACAAAGAUAAAUGCUGCUGAAGAAAUACAGCAUGCAACAAAUGCACGUUCAAUCAAAGAAAAGUUCGAAAAAGGAGAGCCAAUCGCAACUUCGGACGAUGAAAAUGAUGGCAAACUUAAACAAGAAAAGCCUGAUGAAGAAGUUAUAGCAGCAGGCAUAAGUCGGAAGUCCCGUUCACUCUUUUUGGAAUUGGAUGCGACAGCAGCUAAAACUGGAAGACCGGUUACGCCAGUCAAUCAUAAAAGUAACACAGAAACACCUCGAAGAGCCAGAGACGCGUUCAUGGGCCGUCAAGUUUCGGACGAUGUGGUGCGCAGUACGGACACGACUGAGGAGGUGCAGGUCGAGACCUCCGACAUCUCAAACAAAUUUAAGUUCUUUGAGACCUACAGAGAGCCUGAGAAGCGAAGAAGGCAAUUUCGCAUUACACCUCCUCGCGAUGGUCAAGAAAAGAUGAGUUCACCGGAUCGUGAAAUUUACCGGGAUCCGGAUGUCAUAAGAGCAGAUGACAAGGCCGAGGAAGUUGUCCAUUCCGACACAGCCAGGAAAAUGCUGUCGAUUUUUCGUCAAAUGGAGGAAAAUGCUACAAAGGAAGACCUACCUGAUGGACCUAAACCUUUAAAAAGAUUUACACCACCACCCGAAGAUAAAUUCGCAAAAACGACAGCCUCUGAAUCUGAAGAUGAGGAAGAUGAAGAAGCUGAAGAAUCCGAGGAUGAUAACCCAGACGAAAGGGAUCCAAAUUACGUCAGAGCUUCUGAUAAGGUAGAAGACGAAUUCCUGAAACAGGCACAAAACGCAGCAAGGGCCAAAACUUUGCGCGCGAAAUUUGAACAGUGGGAAACGACUGACGGCAAAACGACGAGCCACAAUGUUGCAGAAAUGGAAAUGGCCCAAGGUACGGGUGAUCAAUCCAGCAUCGAAUCUGCUAGUAGCUUGAGAGCACGUUUCGAGUCUCUUGGAUCACAAUCCUCAGAAAACCCUCGCACACCAAAGGUUAAGGUCAAUAGAUUUGUGCAGUAAGACCCGACGAAGAUUGUGGGAAGGGGCUUUCGACAGACGGAUGGAUAAAAAGAGGGUGAAAGACGAAGACAAAAAAGUCACUGUCAAGAGAAGAAUGCCUUUAGUGGAUAAGGAAAGGCCCAAUUCACAAACGAACGGCCAUAAUAUAUUAGUGAUUAGUGAUUAUUAUUAUUAUUAUUAUUAUUAUAUAUAAACAGUCUUUACGUUAUUAGAGAUGAUUUAAUUGUCAGCGUUACGUUAAUUGUUUAAGAAAGAUAAAUUUUAGUGUAGAGUGUAUCAUAAUAUGUCGUGUGCAAUGUAACGUUGCAUAAAUUUAACGCAUUGCUGGAUCUGUGCCUGUUUCUGUUAUGUUAAAAAUUACCAACAAAAUUCUAUUCGAUUUUAGUUCAAAAAGUCGAAAAAAGCCAAAACAGUUAAAAUGAUUUAGAAGUUUAUAGAGUCUUUAGAUUUUCAUUUGGGAUGUUCCAGUUUAAUUAUAUGUAGAAAUAUUUCAUUACAGUUGAAAAUUUUUUGGCAUUGGAAUUUUUAUUUUUGGCAAAUCAGAGUUGAAACACAUAUCGAGCUCUCGCGUAAAUCCCAAGAAAUGAAAAAGAAAUAAGAGGGGACGAUUUCAGGUAUAAUGUUUAUUUUGUCCGAUUUUGAAUCACCUAAUGAGUAAUUAUACUGAUUUAGGUAUAACAUAUUUUAUUUCUCAGUAUAUGCCAUCGAGGGAGAAAUUUUAUUUAUAAACCAAAAAAGAAAGCACUUUUUUUAUUAAAAAGUGAUUAGACUUGCGAUUAUUAUAAACAUUUAUAAAUAUUUUCAUUUUCCUGAAAAAUAAAAAUAUCCGCAUAAAAUGUAAUUGAAUUUAAAUAUUCGUUUCCCAUGACUUUGAUUAAAACGCACAACUCUCAGGGAAAUUACAGAAAGGCUUUUCAACUUGGUAAAAGUUUCAUAAUUCCGAUUAAAAGGAAUAUUUGUAAUAUUUUUCUAUAUCUUUAAAUUCGAGAAGGAAAAUAUUUGUAGUUUUUUCAGAUAUUGAAGGAUUUGAAGGAUCAUCAUAUAAACGAAUUGCCUAUAAAACUUAUAUUUCAUAAAACUGCGAUAGAUUAUAGAUGAUUGUUAAUAACUAUCGUCAAUUUUAAAAUCAGGGUCUGACAUACGAAAUACCCAAUGUCAAAUAAUUUAAGGAUUAUCUUAUCUUCUACAAUUUCUUUGCAAAAAUAAUAAAAUCUUAUUCAAAAAUAUAUAAAUCAGUGUAGUUGUCAGAGAUAUUAAGGUUUUACUUAUAAUUUUGUAGAGCACUCUGAACACAAAUAUUACUGAGAAUUUUAUUUAAUUUUCUUAAUGAGGAAUUUGAGAUUAAGAAGAUCUGUAGCAUAACUAAAGAAUAACAAUAACAAUAAAACCGAAAGAUUUUCUCAGACAUUUAGUAAUAUAUGGUUUAAUUACGUUAGAACAAGUGUCUAGUCUUCCGCGUAUUGGAUUUUACCGAAUUCUGCAGUAAGCCUUCCGAAUAUUAUAUAGAAUUUUAAUUACGACUCGACUCGUCAUAAUCUUCGAGUUAAACGCGAUGAUUCGUAUCACAGCUAUUUGCAGAUUAAACAGAAAUUGAAGAUCUUAUCUUUGCCUUAAGACAGCGUGUAUCUAAAACGUUUCAAAAGUUCGAUUAGAAAUUUUUAUCUGUAAAAGCUUAAAACGUACUUAUUACGCAAGCACAUUAAAAUCGAUUCGCAUUUAAAUUAACCUAAAACACUUCCCGGAAAAUUUGUCUAUGUUAAAAUAGUUUUAAAAAAUGGUUGAAAAUGAUUAAAGCGGAAAAAAGUGAUUUUGAUAUGUUACUCAAUUUUUGGGACUGAUAAUGAGAAAUGUGUGAGAAAUAUCAGAUUUAAAAUCCGAAUUUUGUAUUUGUAAGGACAUAUUUGUAGAGACCAUCGCAUCGAAAGCAUGUAAAUCGCCGGCAUUAUACAAUAAUAUCUAAGAUUUGUAGAGUUUGUAUCGACCUGUAAUUAACCCCUUCGUAGCCUAAAGAGUUUACGAAGAAUGUAAAAGGCCUUUUAUAAUACUCAUUUUUAUAGUGAUUAGAGAACAACGAAUAAAUAAAUAAUCCAGUCGAUCUGUAACACACAUUAAAAAACAAAUGUUGAGGAUUUGAUAUAGAAUUUUGAGCAUUGUAACAGCUAAUUUGUAAUAACGAGCUUGAGAACGAAGGGGUUAAUAAUAUAAUCUUAUAUAGUCUCAAUUUGAUAUCCUUAGUUCGUCAGUGUUUCUGUGUAAGAUAGUAAAUUAUAAUUUAAUCAUUGAGGACGAAAUAUCGAGAAUUUUAAAUUUGUUUCCCUCUUUAGUGGGGAAAAUGCAAUCAAUUUAUUUUAAUAACGGUGAUUUAAAAUACGAAUAAUUCGUUUGUUAUCGUUUUGUUGUAUCCCGUACCUAUUGUAUGAUUUAUUGCUGUGUAAUAUUCUUUAUCUCUAUCUCUUUUUGUAACAUCUCAUACGAUAUUGGAAAUUGGUGAAUAAAACGUGGACACGUCUUAUAGGCAGAA